GCACCAAAGUACCUGCUCGCGCCGAGGCUCACAGCACGCGCCAAUCACGCCGAGCGCCUCCAAUAGCGUUCCAGCGCGAGGCUCCGGCUCCUCCCCGGUGGAUAAUGAAACUUUCUUCAGUUUCCAAGCGGAGGACGUGCGCUGACCGGGAGAGGAUCCGUGCACGAUGCUGUCCAGCUCCGCGAGCGUGUGCCUGACCGUCGCUGUGUGGAUUACGGCCGCCGCGAGCCCCGGGAGGCGCGACGAGUCCUUCUCCAUCGGGAGCGUCUACCGCGCGAGGUGCGCCUCGAGAUGCCUCAGCCUGCACAUCACUCGCAUUUCAACUUUUUUCAAGCAUUUCCAGGGUAACGGAUCUUUGGCGUGGUGUCAGAAUCAUAAGCAGUGCUCCAAGUGCCUGGAACCAUGCAAGGCAUCAUGGGACCUGAGGGAGAACCAAUGUCAGGAUUUGUGUGAGGUUUUAUUUCCCAAGAAGCACUACGAGUGUCUGACUAGCUGCGAGUUCCUGCGCUCGGUGGAGACAGCCAAACAGGGGGACUGCCCGCCUCCGGACCGGGCCAGCGGAUUCGCCGCCGCCUGUGUAGAGAGCUGCGAGGAGGAUGCUGAGUGCUCCGCCCUCAGGAAGUGCUGCCCCAAUGGGUGUGGACACACCUGCCAGGUGCCCCGCAACAUCUAUAAAGGGUCUCCCCUAAAGCCGAGGAAGGAGCUGGUCUUUACAGAACAGCCCUCAGGACAGCUGGAGGUUCGCUGGUCCUCCAAGUUCAACGUGUCAGUUGAGCCAGUGGUGUACGUGGUGCAGCGCCGAUGGAACCACGGAAUCCACCCCAGCGAGGAUGACGCCACCCCGUGGCAGGAUGUGGCGCAGGUUGCAGAGGAGCGCAUCCAUUUGGCAGACUUACGACCCACCAGGUGGUACCAGUUCCGUGUGGCAGCCGUUAACGUCCACGGCACACGCGGCUUCACUGCACCCAGCAAGCACUUUCGCUCCUUCAGAGAUCCGUCUCCCCCUCCCCGUCCCUGUGGCCUGAGGGUGACUAAUGUGACAGCAGGGAUGGAUGGUCUGCUGGGCGCUCGCCUGGACUGGACGCUUCCUGAGGAGCCCGACGUGCCUGUGCACCAUUUCAAAGUGUCCUGGAGCCGGACCAUCCCUGGAAAAGCCCCGAUGCCCUCCAAGAAGAAAAGGAGAAAGACUACCAGUGGGGCCAAGAGCUCGGUGGAUCUGGAGGGCCUUGUGGCUAACAGCACAUACACCGUGGAGCUGCAGGCAGUGACCUACUGGGGCCAGGUGCGUUUGAAGAGCCCCAGAGCCUCCCUGCAGUUCAGCACCGCCCAGGACAACAGCCGCUCAAAGCUGGCGAGGAAGCUGAAGAAAGAGGAGUUUCCUGUGUUCAGCCCGGCAUCUGCAAAAAGACCCGUGAGCUCUGUGGAGGUGGGGACCCCAUUCUACCAGGAUAGCCAGCUCCAGGUCCGUGUUUACUGGAAGAAAAGAGGAGACCCUGCAGAGAGCCGCUACCAUGUCCAGUGGACGCCUGACAACUGCAGCCACAAUGGAACAAAGCUGCCAGAGAAAUCUGUCACCCAGGAGAAUUUUAUCAACCUGCCAGGCUUGCUCUUCUCCUGCAAGUACAGAGUGAGUGUGUACACCCUGAAGGCCAAGAGACGCACCGAAGAGGAGAGUGCCACCUUCAUCACGCCAUCCUGUGCUAUGCUGCAGAGCAAGAGCCGCAAGCCCAUCACAUGUGCCGGGGAGGGCGCCUCAAAGGUUUUGGACAAGCCUGAGAAUCUGACAGCGUCCUUCAUAACUCAUGAUGGUAACGUCACUGGAAACUUCAACUGGAGAGUGUCCCGCCCUCAGCCACAGCAACCAAUCACAGGUUUCCAAGUCACGUGGGCAGAGGUGUCCAUGGCCAGCCGACAGAACAGCCUUCCAAACAGCAUCAUCUCCCAGUCCCAGAUCCUGCCUCCAGCUCAUAACUUCCUGGUGGUGUCCAAUCUCAGACCGGCGGCGUCCUAUCGGCUGGAGGUGCAAGUCCUCACCACAGUGGGGGAGGGACCUUCUACCAUGAAGACCUUCCACACACCUGCCAUGUCCCAAUCCCUGCAGCACAGACCCAAACUUCGUCAUCACCCACAGCACCAAAAACCCUUCCCAGAAAAACAUUAGGAGACCAGCCCAACUUAACCCACCCUACAGUCUUCAUCUCUUAAAGACCGGUCCUCUUCAGCCUGAGCUGAGGCCAGCUCCAUCAUCACACUGACAGCCCUCUGAAAGCUUGCUCUAGCGGAGCUGGUUGUACAUGUUUGAACAUACUUACUGUGGACUAUUCAUACAAAAUCACUCUCUUUGAAAAGAUUACUUCACUCUUGAGCCACUUUGAGGAUAAGGUUACGGGCCCAUGUUCAUGUUCACUUUGAGCAGAUGAAUGUACCUUCAGAGCUGGGGAUUCUAGUAGCUUUCUGAAAAGCAUAUUUAGGAUUCAGCUUUGUAUUUUUCUCAUCCCAGAAUGAAUUGUUGCUCAGGCAGACAGUACUAAGCCCCAAGGAAAAUAACAUCUUAGCUUCAAGGAGAAUAUGAAAUGGAGGACAACGUGUAGGAAAAGACUGCAUUUGCAUUUAAACUGUAAAUGAGUUAAACUAGCAUUAAAUUGCAUGUCAAAAUUUUAUUGUUCAGUAGGCAUGAAAUAAUCUGUGUUACCUCUUUGUGAAUACAUUAGCAAUAUUCCAAUAACAGAUUAACAGAGACCUAUAUGAGGAGUAAUAUUACAUAUUGUUUAUUAAUGACCCUAUAGCUUUUUGUGUGAACCUUUUGGAUGAACUGAUGAAAUUGUACAUGUUCUUGGCUGUAGAGAUAUUUGUUAUGAAACAGUCAGUGAAUGCCAAUAUUUAUUUAUGUGUGUAUUUCAGAAUUUAAUUUUUAUGUGUAUUUGAGUGUGUGCGUUUGGGUUUUUUGUGUGUAUUGUAGCAUAGCCAUUUUUGAACUGACAUCUACUUGUAAAGACGUUUUGUAAAAAGUCAAAUUGUAAAUAUAGUCCUAUGUUAUGUUAUUUUUCAAUGGUUAGACCCUGUAUAUACUGUUCAGUAAUAAAAUAAUCCCCCAAAUCCUUCAACCUA